CCCGCGGCCUAUCCCUGUCACUUCCCGACCGCUUUCGUCACUCACACUCUCACUAAUCUCAGCUGCCUCUUUCUCGGGCUCAUGUCGGUCUUGGAGAGCUCCCCACUACAGUAUGGCGUGUGAGUUUCGGCCUUGGGACCCUGCUCGCACUCUGCCCACUCAGGGCCCCGACCCCAGGCCCCGCUGAACCCCAAUUCCCCCCUCUAUCCCCCGUUUAUUUCCCUUACCAUGUCAGGAUCCCCUGGAAAUGUCUUCCUGGCUCCCCCUAGGCCCUCUAAUGGUUCCAGCUCUGACACCUCAGUCGGGGAUAGGCUGUCGGUCCCCAGGGAGGGUUCGGGAGUCCGGCCUGAGGAGUUUCGACGUCGCCGGCACACCAUGGACAAAGAUAAGGCCGAACACCGCUUCUUCCGCCGCAGCGUGAUAUGUGACUCCAACGCUACGGCCUUGGAGCUGCCUUCCAACCAGUCUAUCGUGGGCUCCCCUCCCGAGUCCGAGACCAGCCUCACCGUGCAUGUUUCAGAAGAGGUUCAGGGGCUCGUUGAGGCAAGUGUACCGGAUACCCUUCAUCAGGAGUCCGUCCCGGAGCAAGCACUAACCAAAAGGAGCGUAUCAAGGGACGAUGCCCAGCCAGCUCCAGUGGUCCAGGAGGUGGACCAUGCUGAGUCCUCCGCGGACCAAACACCCAAGCCCGUGGAGGAGGAGAGCGAACGGAGCCUGCAGGAAAAGUUGGCUGAGGAGAACGAGGAGCUGGAGACCAAGGCCGUUGGCUUCUCCCCAGAUGGCAGGUUUCUCAAGUUUGACAUCGAGAUUGGGAGAGGAUCCUUCAAGACGGUGUACAAAGGGCUGGACACCGAGACCACGGUAGAGGUGGCCUGGUGUGAGCUGCAGGACCGCAAGCUGUCAAAGUCUGAACGCCAGAGGUUUAAAGAGGAGGCUGGGAUGUUAAAGGGCCUUCAGCACCCUAACAUCGUCCGAUUCUACGAUUCCUGGGAGUCCACGCUUAAAGGAAAGAAAUGUAUUGUUCUGGUGACCGAGCUGAUGACUUCAGGGACCCUAAAAACAUAUCUGAAGAGGUUUAAAGUGAUGAAGCUCAAAGUCUUAAGGAGCUGGUGUCGUCAGAUCCUGAAAGGGUUGCAGUUCCUUCAUACCCGCACCCCUCCUAUUAUCCACAGGGACCUGAAAUGCGACAACAUCUUCAUCACCGGCCCUACAGGCUCGGUGAAGAUCGGGGACUUGGGCCUGGCAACCUUAAAACGAGCUUCUUUUGCCAAGAGUGUCAUAGGUACCCCUGAGUUCAUGGCCCCAGAGAUGUAUGAGGAGAAAUACGAUGAGUCCGUAGACGUGUAUGCUUUUGGGAUGUGCAUGCUUGAGAUGGCCACGUCCGAAUACCCUUACUCCGAGUGCCAAAAUGCCGCGCAGAUCUACCGCCGGGUCACCAGCGGCGUGAAGCCAGCCAGUUUUGAUAAAGUUGCCAUUCCGGAAGUGAAAGAGAUUAUCGAGGGUUGUAUUCGCCAGAACAAGGAUGAAAGAUAUGCCAUCAAGGACCUGCUGAACCAUGCCUUCUUUCAAGAGGAGACAGGGGUGCGUGUGGAGCUGGCGGAAGAAGAUGACGGGGAGAAGAUUGCCAUCAAGCUGUGGCUACGUAUUGAGGACAUCAAGAAGCUUAAAGGCAAAUACAAGGACAAUGAAGCCAUCGAGUUCUCCUUUGAUCUCGAGAGGGAUGUUCCUGACGACGUGGCGCUGGAAAUGGUGGAAUCCGGCUACGUCUGCGAGGGAGACCACAAAACCAUGGCCAAGGCGAUCAAAGACAGAGUGUCGCUGAUCAAACGGAAGCGCGAGCAGCGCCAGCAGGUGCGGGAGGAGCAGGAGAAAAGGAAGCAGGAGGAGAGCAGCCAGAAUCUGCAGCAGGGCGACACUCAGCCCCACAGCCCCCCGCAGGCCGCAGGAAAGCCCGCCGCUGCCCAAGGUAGCGCUGGACCGUCUCCGGCAGCCGCAGCCAUGCCAUCUGGAUCUGCCGCCCAAGUGGAGCCAGAGGAGCCGGAGGCUGAUCAGCAUCUGCAGUACCAGCAGCCAAGCGUAUCCGUCACGUCUGACGGCACCGUUGACAGCGGUCAGGGGUCCUCGGUGUACUCGGAUUCUCAUGCAGCGAACCAACAGACGACUUCUUACAGCUCCCAGCAAGACGCCAGCCUUACCCCCAGCAUGUUAUCGGGGUACAGCACUCCGAAUGCCCAGCCUUCUACCCAGCUUGGUGGAGUCCCUGCUACCAUUGGGGUCCCGAUUUCCGGACCAGCAGGUGGCGCCGCUGUCCCCGUGGGAGUCAACGCCCAGCCUGCUCAGCAUACACAGACAUCACAACAGCAUCAGCCUUCCCCCCUUCCGCAGGGAACCCGGUACCAGGUACCGCAGCUGCUGCCAACCACCGUCUCGGGCAUGGCUGCCCCGCCGCAGCCAGUCACCUCCCAGACCCAAGCGGCUCCGCAAGGCCCCCAGCUCCCAGUCUCUCAGCCUUUGCCAGCUGUCCAAGGAGAGGCUCAGAUUCCUGUUCCGGCAGCUUCUGUACCCAUGCCUUCGGUUGCCCCUACAGUGCCAUCCUCUCUGCCCCCACAGUUCCUUCCAUUGGCAGUUCCCCUGAUUCCCCCAUUUGCCGCCCCGCAGCUCCCUCCGGCCCUGGUGCAGACAGCCUUCCCUGCCAUUCCUGCGCCAUUAUCCCCUGGUUUUGGGCAGGCUGUGCCAGUCAUACCCCGCUCUUUAGGGCCCGCGGUUCUCCCGCCGGGGCCAGCAGUGAUACUCCCCGGCCACAUUCCUGCCGUUGCUCUCCAUCCACUGGCCCAGGCCCCCCCGCAGCCACUGUUCCCAACGACCCAACUUGUUGGAUUACCGGCCAUCCUCGGAAACGCUGCUGAACCCCAGCUUCCUCCAGGAGACCCAACAUACCAGAACUUCCAACCCCCUUACUCCUCUCCCUUCCCCGGCGACACGGUCCUCCCUCCGUCUACUGUCCUCCCGACAUCGGCCGGACCCCCUCCUGUGCGCACGGAAAGCAUGACCCAGCCGGGAUACCACUCUGGCCUGCCGCCGCCGUACGUGGACAGCAGUGGUUUGCUUGCUCAGGGAGGGCCCGCUUCGCAGCCUGCAGCUCCUCUACCCCAGCCUGCGCCAGCCGCGCAUGCCCAGCCUGGCCUGGAGGCUUCCCAAAGCGGCGCCCAAGCUGCCCCUCCAGAGACACAGCCGGCUUCUCAGGCCGUCUCUUCAAUGGACAGCAGUGCCCACUCUGAUGUCGCGUCAGGGCUGAGCGAUGGAAACGAGGGAGCUACUGGUUCCAGUGGGAGACACGAAGGACGGACCACUAAACGGCACUAUCGGAAAUCUGUGCGCAGCCGCUCUCGCCACGAAAAGACUGCUCGCCCUAAGCUUCGGAUACUUAAUGUGUCCAACAAGGGUGACCGAGUGGUGGAGUGCCAGCUGGAGACGCACAACCGAAAAAUGGUCACCUUCAAAUUUGACUUGGAUGGAGACAAUCCGGAAGAAAUUGCAACAAUAAUGGUUCAAAAUGUUUUUAUCUUGGCCACCGAGAGAGAGUCCUUUGUGGAGCAAGUGAGAGACAUCAUUGAGAAGGCGGAUGAGAUGCUGAGUGAAGACGUAAGCGUGGAGCCGGAGGGCGAGCAAGGAGGAGAUAACUUGCAAAUGAAGGACGACUCGUAUUAUCCGGAGUCCCAGAAACUGGAGGGUGAAUUCAGGCAGCCGGAUCCUGUGUACUACUUGCCGCAGAGAACAUAUCUCCCACCCAACUCCAACACUCAGGUCGUUCAUUCUGCUGGGAGACGCUUUAUCGUCAGUCCGGUCCCUGAAAGCCGUCUUCGAGAGCCCAAGUUCUUCAGCACCUCUCAAGAAGCUCCUUUAAACGUUCCCAUAACCCAUGCGCCAGCUUCCGCUCAUGGUCCCGGUAUGAAUCUUUCACAUUCUGCUUCCUCGGUGAGCUUGCACCAGGCCUUUGCGGAACUACGGCAGUCCCAAAUGGCAGAAGGUCCCAGCACAGCUCCCCCGAUAUUUAACCAAACUGGGCCGCCGUUUCCGCCAUCCGUAACGAGCCUAGCAGGGACUUUGGCUACAGUUUCGGCAACUUUUCCUCCGAGUGCUGCAACGCUUCUGGGCGGCAUCCAUUCUAACGUUCCUCAGACGCUGGCGGAGACCUUGAGAAGUGAGGCAGCAGAAAGGCCCCUUACAGGAGUGGCUCCUAGCGCCAGCGUGCCAAGUUCAGUGCCCUUGUCCCUCACCACUGUGCCCACUCAGCAACUGCCUGCAGGGGCAGUUUCUGGUGUCUCUACGUCUGCAUCGCUUCCUGGGACUUCCCUUCCUACGUUGCCCUUGAUACCCGGCAUUCCAGUUGCUGGAUCCCAGACCUCUCCACCUGAGCAGUUAGUGCCCUCUGCUAGUGCCGCUGGUGCUGGAAGCCAGACUGCAGCUUCUCCUCCAAUGCAGCAACCCAUCCCGGGAGUGUUGGCGAGUGUGCCACACACGUCUGUCUCUGUUCCCCUCAUUUCAAGCAGCGUGGCAGCGGGUCAGGUACCACUGAGCAGCAGCAGUUCUGCUCCCGGCUUUGUGGAGAAUGUUGCUCUAAGCACCCCACCAAUGGAGGUCGGUAAAAUCCCGGCAGAGGUGCCAUUGGCCAUCAGCACGAGUGGCAUGUCUCUGCCCGUCGUUGGCCCUCUUACCUACGCAGGGGUGGCCGCCUCAGGUAUAGGUGUGAACGGAAACCAGCCUCUGGCUCAUCCAUCCCAUCUUCCACAGGGUGUUGCAACAACUCCUGUUGUAGGAGCAGCAUCUACACCCUUAUCCCACAUCCCAUUGCCUGGAGGUCUCCCCCUCGGCCCACCGGUAUCUAGCCAGCCUGCCGUACAGCACACGGUGGCACACGGCCAGCCGCAACCUAGCACUCUCCCCAACCUGCCUCACUCUCAUUCUGUGGACAGCGAUACAGACAGUCUAACCAAACCCGGCAUAGAUGAUAUCAAAACCUUGGAGGAAAAGCUAAGGUCUCUGUUCAGCGAGCAUAGCGGCACGGGUGCACCUCACGGGCUCACCCCAUCAGAAGCUUCUAUAGGCCAGGACGGCGUUCCCCUGCCUGGGCCACUCACAACUACCACCGCGUCCAGUACCUCUGCACCGCCAACCAGCUUACCCCUUGGCCCAAAUGGGUUGCCUAUCGUGACCCAGACCCUGACUCCCGGACAAGCUGUUACACCAGUAACCUACGUGCCUGCAGCGGCCGCUGGAGCAGCCGCUGGGAAAGCAGGGACACCACCAUCUAAGCCGCCGCUUAGUAGGGUACCGGUGCUCCCAGCUGGCUCAGAGAGCCUGGCAGGCAGUCCGCCUGGCGAACAGCUCCCUCCUCUCCCAGGACCUUCACUAACUCAGUCUCAGCAGCCCCUGGAAGACCUGGAUUUCCAACUGAGAAGGACUUUGAGCCCCGACACGGUCUCAGCGCCCUCUGCGCCCAUCUCUGCGCCCAUCACUCAGAUACCCACUCCAGGACCCCAAGCUGUGACGGCGGGUGAACAGGUGAUUCCUGCACAGCCUUCAGGGCAAGAGGUUGCAAAGACCACAGGGUGUGCAGAAAGCGGUGCUGGUGUCCUCAAGAUGGGGCGCUUCCAGGUGUCCAUCGCGAAAGAGGAUGUUUUAAAGCAGAACGAGGAGUCCAAGCUGUCUCGGUUAGAGACGUCAUCCAGCUCCUCAUCUACCACCACGUCGUCUUCCAUGUCGGGCAGCAGUCCGGAGAGCACGCUGGUCAAACGCUCUAGUGCAGCCUCUUUAGAUAUAGUAGAUGGUGCGGGUCUCCCACGUGGUCCUACACACAACCCUAAACCGUCUGUAACCGUGGGCCGUUUUCAGGUGACGCCAUCUACCACGGACAAAGUAGGGCGCUUUUCUGUGUCCAGGGCACAAGACGAGCUGUCUGCUGGAUUGAUGGAGGCGAGCCCUCAACGAGCCUCUUCCCCAAAGACAGAGCCGCAUCUCAACGGACCUUCCUCCCAACCCGACUCGUCUGCCCCCUCGAGCGAUCCUGCCAGAGCCGGCCAGGACGACAGUUUGGGGAGCCCCGUUUCGCUUCAUCAACUCGGGUCCAAGGUCAGCUUACAAAGCCUCAGCAACUCAUUCAACUCGUCCUACAUGAGUAGCGACAACGAGUCAGACAUUGAAGACGAGGACCUGAAGAAGGAACUGAGAAGGCUACGCGACAAGCAUCUAAAGGAGAUUCAGGACCUGCACGGCCGCCAGAAGCAGGAGAUUGAGAUGCUGUACACCACUCUGGGGAAGGUACCCCCGGCUGUCAUUAUCCCCCCGGCGGCACCGCUUUCAAACCGGCGCAGGAGACCGACCAAGGGCAAAGGCAGCAAGUCCAGCAGGGCCGGCUCUCAUGGGAACCGAAGCCCACAGCUAUCGGGUGACCUGUCCGCGCAGAGCGCUCCGUGUGUCGUUCCCACCCAGCAGAACCUCCUCCAGCCGCCCGGCGGCGCUCCGGACGCGGGGCCGCUUCUCAAACCCUCGCCUUCCAGCGACAUCCUCUGCUCUGCCUUUACCAGCGACGCGGCCCUCUCCGUACCCAGCCUGUCCGCGCAAGGGCAAGGGACCAGCAGUACGAACACAGUUGCCCCUUCCAAUGCUCCAGCCCCCCAGUCCAGCGUGGCCCCUGCGUCCUCGAGCCGAAAGGGGACCUUUACUGAUGACCUCCAUAAACUGGUAGACAACUGGGCGCGGGAUCUGACAGGGAAAAAGAGCAAAACGGGGCAUCCCAGCUAUGAGGGUCCCGGGAUGGCUCGGAAGUUUUCUGCUCCUGGACAGCUGUGUGUUCCCAUGACUCCGUCCCUUGGGGUACCAGGCUCUCUCCCAGCGGCCUCGGCUACCUCUCUGGCCCACUUCCCCAAAGGUAUCUGCCCGCCGCAGCAGUUUGGCUUCGCCGGGGCCCCGUUCCAAACGGCCUGGAGUGGCCCUGGAGGUCCACCAUCAUCACAGCCGCUGCCUUCGUUUCCCCCAACAGUGACAUCUUCCUUACAGAACUUUAGCAUUGGCACCCUUCAGAAGUCCAUCAGUAACCCACAAGGAUCCAACUUACGGACUACCUAGCGACAGGGUGGUGGGCUCCCUGAUGAAUACUGCGUGAAUGAUGGGUGCACAAGGUGGUGGGGCAAGUGAUGGCACCACAAGCCCCCCCAGAAGCAAAACUCCUGUCUUGGAAUGAUUUACACGAAAAGGCACAGCGUCUGUUUCCCCUCCUCCCCCCCAGCAGUGCGAUCAUCGGCUGUACUUUGGGGUUGUAGGCAGUUGGGCAACAAGGGAGUUUCUGACCCUGUAAGACUUUCAGGGCGCAUAAUUUAGCCGGCAGCAGGGAAACCUAACCAGGGAUCUUUGCUCCAAUGUAUAGGUCAUUAAUGCUUUAAAAUAAAGAAUUAUUAACA